CUGAACUCCAAUUACCGCUCUUCACAAGAACAAUACCAAUGAAAAAUUCAACAUCUGGCUUUUACUGACAGGAAACCUUUCCACUGGACGGCAUAGUCGUGGAAUACCUGCAACCAGAUCUAAUUAGAGCUUUCGGUCGUUUCUGACCUAUUAGUGGAUCGACAUAGACUUUCAUGUUCUAUCGUAAGAGAUGAUUUUGGCGCCAAAAAUCAAUUUGCCUGUCCCAACCUUCUAGAUCUUUGACGACUUGGGGUCGGAACUGCCCAAGUCUCCCUGUCGCGCGACUCAACAGGUUCAUCUUUUUCUGCCGCGAAUUCUUCUCAAGCUCCAAAUUGCAUGGCGUUCUCUCGUCCAAUCCAUUCUAAAGAUUUAUCGCCCUUCACUGAUGAUUCAUGUCUUUAUUUUCCAUGCGUGAACCAUCUGGCAGAUCUACAUAUCGAAUGUCUCCCAAGCCGAUUAGGCAACUCAGAAGUUGUCUCAAUUGACACUCUUAGGCUAAACGAAGGCAGAAUUUGUCCUCCUCAGAAAUGAACGUGCAUGGCAUUUGGAGGUUGUUGACAAAGUUCCAGACGAGGAAUUUCUCUCAGGUACCAUGGCAAAACAAUCAUCUUGCAGAACGCCUGCAUUCUCUAUGCUUUCGUGGCAAAAUAGAAGAAGCCGUUCGCGUUCUUUAUCAGCUCGUCAACACGGAAGGUGCUCAGGUGAGCUCGGAGACGUGUCUUCCUUUGGUACGAGCGUGCCUCAAGCUCAAAAACUAUGCUGAAGGAAUUAAAGCCUAUGAGCAAGUAAUCAUGGGUACUGUCGAAGAAGACAUGGUCCUGAAGAACAACGUCAUGUUGCUGUAUGCAAAAUGCGGCGACUUUGAAGGUGCUCGCCGGGUGUUUGAUGAAAUGCAUCUGAGGAACUUGUUUUCUUGGACAGCAAUUAUAGAUGCUUAUUUCAAUGGCGGUAGGCCUGAUGAAGCAUAUUUAUUUUACGUGAGGAUGCUUCAGGAAGGAAUAAGGGCGGACAAUUUUCUUUAUCCUUGUGUUCUGAAGGCAUGUGCUACUAUGAGAGGUUUAGCUCAAGGUCAGAGGAUCCAUGCAGAUAUCAUCAGAGCUGGGUUUGACUGGGACAUUGUUGUGCUUAAUUCUCUCAUAGAUAUGUACGUAAAAUGUGCAAGAAUAGAAGAUGCAAGGCAGAUUUUUGAUGGAAUGCCCAUUAAAGAUGGUUUUACUUGGAGCUCGAUGCUCAGUGGGUACGCUCAAGGUGGCUGGUUUGACUGUGCUGUGAAUCUUUUCAGAGAAAUGUUAAACGUAAAAGUUAAACCCUCCUCUGCUAGCUUAGCUGCGAUUUUGCCUGCUUUCUCAGAUUCGGGUUACCUGGGACAAGGCAAGCAAGUUCAUGGGUUGACAAUCGUAAGUGGGUUUGGAUCGGAUAGGUUUGCGGGAAGUGCACUUGUUGGUAUGUAUGUGAAAUGUAGAAGCUUGGGCAAUGCUCGACUUGUUUUUGAUAGAAUACCAGAGAGGGAUAUUGUCUGCUGGAAUACCAUUUUACAAGGUUAUUCUCGGAAUGAUCGUCUUGUGGAAGAGAUCGUGGAUAUUUUACAGCAGGUAAGUGAAGAAGAACUCAGUCAGAGUACCUGUUCUUACAUUGUUUCACAUGUUCGAUCUAUUCAAGAUGCUGCACAACUGAUUUUUAAACUGCAAAAUGCUGGCAUAAGGUCAAGGUCCAUUAUACGAUCUCUUUUGGAUCAAACGAUCGAGUACUUGAGAGACAGCCGGAUGGUGAAAGAAAUCCAUGGUUUCUUGCUAAGGAAUGAAUACACGACUGAUAGCUCAGUGUCAUCAAACCUUAUAGAAAUGUAUUCAAGGUUCGGGGAUGUUCGAUUUGCUACACGAAUCUUUAAUAACAUUAUUAGAAAAGACUUGGAUUCUUGGACUUCCAUGAUUGCAUGUUAUGCUAACAAUGAACUUGUCUCUGAAGCAGUGCAACUUUUCGAUAGAAUGCAUGAAAGCAGAGUGCUGCCUAAUAUCGCUAUAUUGAAUGCUAUUAUCUCUGGCUAUAUCAGGGCUUCUGAUUUCUAUAACGCUUUGGGAUUUUUAAGUGAAAUGAAAUACUCAAACGAACGUCCAGACCCAGACACUACAAAGGCUAUUCUACCACUUAUCGCCAGGUUAACUUCUUUGGAGCUUGGGAGGCAGAUACACUGUAUGCUGAUAAGAAAUGGUCUGCAGAUGAGUAGAUUCCUCAGCUGCUCUUUCAUUAAAAUGUAUGGUAACUGUGGAAAUGUUGCUUAUUCACUUAAGCUAUUUGAAUCAAUAUCCACCAAGGAUUCAGCAUUAUGGAAUGCAGUAAUUUCAUCCCUUGUGAAAAAUGGAUUCCUUAGUGAAGCAGUAAAUACCUUUCAUGCUAUGCAAGAAACAAGCAUAAAACCAAGCAUUGUUACAUGGAGUACACUCAUCUCUGGCUACAUACAAAACGGAUAUUAUGAUGAAGGCCUGAAUUAUUUUCGUCAUCUUCUUUUGAGUGAAUUGAAACCUAAUCCCGUUACAGUUGCUAGCAUCCUUCCAGCAUGUGCUCAGCUGGCAGUUGUAUCCCAUGGAAAGGCCGUUCACAGUUUUAUAGCAAGAACUGGGAUUGGAAACUAUGAUGCGUAUGUCACCAAUGCCCUUAUGGAUAUGUACGUCAAAUGUGGUUGCAUGCUCUAUGCUGAAAAGGUAUUUGAGACGAUGGAACAAAGAGAUGUGGUUUCGUGGAAUAUAAUGAUACAGGGAGCAAUAAUUCAUGGAAAAGGUGAAGCGGCUUUGGCUCUUUUUGACCAAAUGGUGGAAGAAGGUGUCAGUCCUGAUGGUGUAACUUUUGUGGGCGUCCUUUCAGCAUGCAGUCAUGGUGGACUUGUAGAUAAAGGAUGGAAUCUGUUCAACAAUAUGAUUCCCAGAUAUGGAGUUGUUCCCAGUGGAAAACAUUAUGCUUGUAUGGUCGAUCUCCUCAGCCGUGCUGGCCAGUUUGAUACUGUGUAUGAUUUCAUCAUUCAUAUGCCACUACAACCUACUGCAAGUCUUUGGGGAGCUCUGCUUGCUUCUAGCAAAAUUCAUGAGAAUGUUGAAAUGGCAGUGUAUGCAUCCGAACACCUUCUAGAAUUGCAGCCUGAAAAUCCAGGGAAUUAUGUCCUGCUAUCAAAUACAUAUGCUUCUGCUGGACGAUGGAACGAUGUAGAUCAUGUAAGGAAACUGAUGACAGAAAGAGGAAUUAGAAAGAUGCCCGGGUGCAGUUGGGUUGAGAUCAAGAAUCAAGUUCAUGCAUUCUCUGUGGAAAACUUAUCUACCCACCCGGAGAGAGAAAAAGUACAUGAAUGUCUGCAACAGCUACUAUUUUGCAUGUCCGAAGAAGGAUAUGAACUUGACAUGAGAGCUUUUACAGUUGAUCUAGCUGAAUAGGACCUGAGAGGCUUAGAAAGAGCAUCCUGUUGUUCCUACACGAGAUGUUCAACUCAAUCAAGGCCAGUCAAGUUCCUCCUUGUCAAGCUGAUAUAGGAUUAAUGUGCCUAGGCUGACAUCUUUGCUUGUUCGCCAAGAGACCAGGCAAAUGUGCUUACUGCUUGUGAUUACCUGCAGCAGGCAAAACAAAUGGACCCAUCAUUCACGUGUAGCUGCUGCCUUGGUCUCUUUUCUUUAAUUCAGAAGUUGAGAUGCAUUUCCUGUUUUCUUGGAACACCGGAGCAGGCCCAGUUGUUCUAUUGAUGAUGAGGGGGAUAUGUUAGUCCUAGGACAACUGCUUGUGUUGGAAAGCUUGGGCCAUCAACUUCAUCGCAGAUUGUUCAAGCCAAUGGAGGUCACAUCAAGAGAGAGAAAUGGAUAGAGGCUGCUCAACGAGAUAUGCGAGCAUGCUCGGCUGCACAAUAUGUCAGAUACAUCUCUAUUGAAACAAAUUGCUGAACGAGAUAUGCGGGCAUGCACGGCUCUGAAAGUUGGCGGAUACGUUUCUGUUGAAACAUAAAUUAUCGAAAUCGUCCCUGGAACUUCCCAACAUUUAUACGUGGCUUUGAUAUGCAAAAGGCACAUUUUUUUUUUUUAUUUAUAACUGUUAACGCAUUUCAUGUUUGAUGUGAUAUGGAAUGCCCCCUCUUGAGUCAUUGAUGCUUGCACUUUAAGAUCCUUGUAGCUUGUCUCAGCUCAAUCGCUUCAAGCUAUCCAACACGAUUGGCAUUUGGCUCUC